UUGGAGGGAGCCGGCUGAGGGGGCGUGCUGGGCCUUGACCGGCAGGCAGGCUCCGCCUCCGCAGCAGGUUUGCGCUGCCGGCGGUGGGCACUGGGGUAUCGCGGGUCGGAGAGCAGCCGGCCCGCACGCAAUCCGGGCGGGCAGGGGCGCGGCGCAUCCCGGCAGGGAGCAGCGGGCGAGGGAGGCAGGGAGAGAGAGGCUGUGGAUGUGGCACCUCCGCCUGCCCGAGCGGGCGGAGCCGGGCCGGCCCCUCGGCGCGCGGCCCAUGGGGGCGGGCGCUCUGCUCUCCCGGCCCGCAGUUCACGAACCCGUGCCGCAGCCCCAGGGGCCCCGGGGUUUCUGCGCCUUGACCCUGAGCCUCUCGGGCGCCUCCGGGUUUCCGGGGAGGAAGCCUUUAGGGCGCCGGCGCGUGGGACCGGGGCUGUGGGCCCCGCGAGCACGCUGUGUUCCUGACGUCGGCCAGGAGAGCGCAUUCUGGACACGCGGGACUGCUCAGUAAACGGUUGGUGAUAUUCCUACUUGAAGGACAUCAUGUUUUCCAAACUAGCGCGUUUGCAGACUGUUGCUGUCCUUCGUGGAGUUCAUUCUUCAGUGGCUUCUGCUACGUCGGUUGCAACUAAAAAAACAGUCCAAGGCCCUCCAUCCUCUGAUUACAUUUUUGAACGGGAAUCUAAAUAUGGUGCCCACAACUACCACCCUUUACCUGUAGCCCUGGAGAGAGGGAAAGGUAUUUAUGUGUGGGAUUUAGAAGGCAGAAAAUAUUUUGACUUUCUGAGUGCCUACAGUGCUGUCAACCAAGGGCAUUGUCAUCCAAAGAUUGUGAAUGCUUUGAAAAGUCAGGCGGACAAAUUGACCUUAACAUCUAGGGCCUUCUACAAUAACGUGCUCGGUGAAUACGAAGAGUAUGUCACCAAACUUUUCAACUACCACAAAGUUCUUCCCAUGAAUACAGGAGUGGAGGCUGGAGAGACUGCUUGCAAACUUGCUCGUAGAUGGGGAUAUACCGUGAAGGGGAUCCCGAAAUACAAAGCAAAGAUUGUUUUUGCAGCUGGAAACUUUUGGGGUAGAACAUUGUCUGCUAUCUCCAGUUCCACAGACCCAACCAGUUACGAUGGUUUUGGACCAUUUAUGCCAGGUUUCGAAAUCAUUCCAUAUAAUGAUCUGCCUGCUCUUGAGCGUGCACUUCAGGACCCAAACGUUGCUGCGUUCAUGGUGGAACCAAUUCAGGGUGAAGCAGGCGUUGUUGUUCCAGAUCCAGGGUACCUUGUGGGCAUGCGAGAGCUCUGCACCCAGCACCAGGUUCUGUUUAUUGCUGAUGAAAUACAGACAGGAUUGGCCAGAACUGGUAGAUGGCUGGCUGUUGAUCAUGAAAAUGUCAGACCUGAUAUGGUCCUUCUAGGAAAGGCACUUUCUGGUGGUUUAUACCCUGUAUCCGCAGUGUUGUGUGACGAUGAAAUAAUGCUGACCAUUAAACCAGGGGAACAUGGUUCAACGUAUGGUGGCAAUCCACUGGGCUGCCGAGUGGCCAUCGCGGCCCUGGAGGUUUUGGAAGAAGAAAACCUUGCUGAAAAUGCAGAGAAAAUGGGUGUCAUCUUGAGAAAUGAACUCAUGAAGCUACCUUCUGAUAUUGUAACGGCUGUAAGAGGAAAAGGAUUAUUAAAUGCUAUUGUUAUUAGAGAAACCAAAGAUUAUGAUGCUUGGAAGGUGUGCCUGCGACUUCGAGAUAAUGGACUUCUGGCCAAGCCAACCCACGGUGAUAUCAUCAGGUUUGCACCUCCACUUGUGAUCAAGGAGGAUGAGAUUCUGGAGGCCGUGGAAAUCAUUAACAAGACCAUCUUGUCUUUCUGAGGGUGACAGUUUUCAGUGGUGCCUGGGAGCCAGCUGGAGACAGGCAGUUCAUAAAGCUCUGUGUUUCUGCACUUAAUGCAGGCAUAUUCCACUCCCCCAUGUCAAGGGCUUUUUAAAAAAUAUAUGUUUUUCAGUUCAUACAUAAUAGAAUGACAUUUAUUUUAUUUUAUUUUUUUUUUAACAUCUUUAUUGAAGUAUAAUUGCCUUACAAUAGUGUGUUAGCUUCUGCUUUAUAACAAAGUGAAUCAGUUAUACAUAUACAAUAUGUUCCCAUUUCUCUUCCCUCUUGCAUCUCCCUCCCUCCCACCCUCCCCAUAGAAUGACAUUUAUAAACGUGCAGUUUGCUGUGUAACAUAACUAAGAGAAUGUCCUGGCAUCUUAUAUUCGAUUAAGUGUAUGUGUGUUUGUGUGUGUGUGUGUGUGUGUGUGUGUGUGUGUGCGCGCGCGCGCGCUUUCUGAGAUGCAUCUCUCUAUAUAGACAGCCUUUUAAUCAAGCCCCUCAGCAUAAUUUAUAUAUGUUUUAAUAAUUUCCUUGCUGGUAUAAAUUGUAUUUGGAAAAAGUUAUAGGAGAGUAUUGCAUAGAAGAUUAGCUUAACCUCAUAAAGUUGAGUCAUAGUCAUUGAAUUUUAGGAAGGAUUAAUGGUUAAGCUUAUAUAAAAUACUAGACUUAAGUAAACACCAUAUUGGCUAGCACCAAGAUGUAUUCUAUGAAUGUCAUUACUUUGAAUUAAGAAUUAUUGUUUAACAUUCCUGAUUAUGUUUUAAGUGUUUGAUAUAAUUUGUAUAAAGUGUUUAUUUUCAGUGUUUCUUUAAAUUUAAAAUAAAGCUCAUAUUUAAAAUGUC